GAAACCUUUAACCCACCAAACCGAACCGACCUCACGCUAGCGCUUCUUCCUUUCCCCUCUUUCUUCCUCAAGCGACUUCUUCUUCCACCCAUCCGGAUCGGGCUCCUCCCACCAACCGCCGCCAUUAAUAGAGCAGAUAUGGAAGAACAUGAAGAAUACCAGAAGAUCAUAAAAUUUAAAGGGAAGCAAGUGGCAGAAGAGGAUCCAAAUCAGAAUUCAUGGAGGGCACUCCGUACACAGGAACUUGGCUCAAUCAAGACAAUCACAGAUUCUACUGCGGAGCAGAUGACAACGUCUCAAGAAAUGAGAGAAUCAUACAGAAAGUUGAUGCAACAAAUAAUAGCAGCAACAAAAUUUACAAAGUGGGGAUGUAGAUACAAACAUCCCUUUGUAUAUGGGGUUGCUUCAAAGCACAACCCUAUCACAGGAGUUAACACAACAACAUUUGACAGAAAGUAGAAAUUACAUGAUUGAACACACUACAAAUCAAGAUGAACAAAAUUGGCAGGCAGAUAACAUGAUGAAUUUUGAGUACACAGAGCAUGACCAGGAGGACAACAUGUUCUCUUUAGCAGAUACAACUGAUUCAAGCAACUACAACACAAGCGAUGAUGAAGAACAGUUCGUAGAAGAUUGUCAAUGGAGAUACCUGGAAGCACGAGUUAUGAAGCAUCAACACACACCAAGAAGUAUGAGAACACAACUAUUGAUACCAAUCAUGCAGAAUCAUCAAAAAGUCAAGAAGGUCAAGAAGAUGCAAAUGAGUUCUCUAAAGAUGACAUUGCUAUGUACAUUCAGAGUGAAAGUAUAGGUAAAGUGAAAGAACAUGCGGUGCCCCCGUGUUUGGUUUUGUAAUUGAUGACAAUCUCUAUGGACUAAUGGUUGCCUUGAGUUAUAUUCAUAGGAUUUGUCCAUAGGCAUUUCUUGAAGUCCAUUUGUUAGUUUCGCGGAGUUUAUAUGUUGACCAAGGUUUUAUUCAAGGAAUUAUCCAAAGAUUGGUCAUAUAGAAGACAUGAUACAAGGUUGAUCAAG